AAAAGGAUUGGAAAGAAUUGAGCUGGACAAAACUCCGAAUUUUUGCUGCUCCCAUCCAGCAGAACCUUUGAUCGUCAAAGCUUUACCUUUGAAAGUCCACGUCUAGGAGCCUCCAACGGAUCUCACUGUCUGACUUGAACCUGAAGAAAUGGAGAACUGACCGGAAACCACCAGGCAACAGAAGGCCACCACCCCCCCCCCCCCCCCCCCCCCCUGUCCACCAGUGUCCAUGGCGGGGCUCAAACGUCAUCACGAUGGGAAGGUCGCCGGGCUGUAUGACCUGGAUAAGACGCUGGGCCGUGGACACUUUGCCGUAGUGAAACUGGCCCGACAUGUAUUCACAGGGGAAAAGGUUGCAGUGAAGGUGAUAGAUAAGACUAAGCUGGACCCAGUGGCGCGGGCACAUCUUUUCCAGGAGGUGCGCUGCAUGAAGAUGGUGCAGCACCCCAACGUGGUACGCCUCUACGAGGUCAUCGACACGGCAACCAAGCUUUACCUCAUCCUGGAGCUGGGAGACGGAGGAGACAUGUACGACUGCAUCAUGAAGCACGAAGGAGGCCUCACUGAGGAGGUGGCUAAGUGUUACUUCGCCCAAAUUGUCCACGCCAUCUCCUACUGUCACCGGCUGCACGUGGUGCACAGGGACCUGAAGCCGGAGAACGUGGUGUUCUUCGAGAAGCUGGGCGUCGUCAAGCUCACCGACUUCGGCUUCAGCAACAGGUUUCAGCCCGGGAAGACGCUCAACACCUCCUGCGGCUCGCUGGCCUACUCUGCGCCUGAGAUACUGCUGGGGGACGAGUACGACGCUCCUGCUGUGGCAGCAGGACAUGGUGCAUGCUGUCCUGUAGUUCAUAUCCUGGUGAACUGAUGCUUUCACAUUCACACACUCGCUCU